AUAACCUCAAAAACUCCCAAAUAUUUUGUUUAUAUGUCAAAAUAUUGUCAAAAAUAAUUUAAAAUUUUGAAUUUUCAUUAAGAAAAUUAAAAAAUAGAGCCAAUCUCUGAUUAAAAUGACAAAUGCUGAAGAUGACUGGUGCGUGGAAUGUUCUGAUGAGGAGUUUAAAGAUUGCCAAGAUCCUUGGGAACCCCAACCCGAAGAAAUAGAUCGAAUUUACAGUCAACUUGCACAGGGAAAAAUUCCAGAACUCAAAUGGAAAUGCCCAGGAUAUCGAACGCCUUCUCCAGAAAUUAAAGACGAACCAAAAGAAGAGAACGAUAUAAAAAAGGAAGAACAAGACGAUUUUGAUUUUAUGGAUGAAAUGACCUCGCCACGCCUUAAAAUAAGAAAUAAAGGAGAAGAAACGCUGAAAGGCAGCGCAAAGAAGAAAACUACGUCCUUAGAUGGUGUAAUAAAUAAUAUGAGAAGGCACCACUUGCUUCCAGCCACUACAAAAUGAGAUACUCUACAUGUGUUGAAAUGAAAAUUUAUUUCUUAACAUUUAAGUCUAUAUUCUCAAAAUUGCAUUAAGAUCACAAUAUGUAGAGGUUAAAAUUAAGAUUCGUACAUGUUACAAAACGAGUAAGAAAAUUGUAACGGCAUAAAUUCAUAUGAAUUAUCUCUAUAUAAGCGUAUUUUAAUAAUACUUGAAUUUACUUUGAAGUUACAUAGAUAACUAAACUUCAUUUGACAUGCCUGUAUUCUUUCUAUACUUAUUAAUUCAUUAGUGUUUGUACUCAUCAGAAAUCUGUACUGAAUUGUUUAAAAGAGAAUUAAAUAUCUUACUAUC